UUUGAGGCGCCAGUCGAUUUCCGAGCGUCGCGGGGCUGCCGCGCUCUACGACGCGUUGUGCCCUCUCGCGAUCCCAACUUUGUAUACUGGAAACUUUUUAACUCAUUUUUCGAGGAGAUUCCGCAUCCGCGCGCCUGUUGCUACCCUAGUACCGGAGUCGAGUCGCGUGUGCAGUGUAGCGAGCGAUUCUACAUGCAAUAUCGCGCGUGUUUCAGAGUCCGUCGGUCUAUUUUUGAAUAUUCACCAAACGGUGCGCUGCUUGGUUUUCGAAACGCAGUCGGACUGUCGGGUUAACGGCCGCAUUGUGCAGCGCCUCAUGUGUUUUUGUUGACGGAUAACAUUUGUUUUGUUACUAUCAUCUGUGGAAUUCGUGACACGUUAUCUUUAAAGUCCGCACCCGUGUACCAUUUGCCUGGCAUGGUGAUGGAUAUGGAUGAUUUGAGUACCCUGUGAAUUGGGUGGUGACUCGGUGAUGGGAUCAUCGAUUAACGAAUAGUGUUGUGUUAGUGUUAGUGAUGUAACAUUCCAUGGAAGUGUUAGUGUGUACUCGGAAUGUUCACGAAGCACGGCAAGACGCUUGAGCGGUGUUCUCACCCCUCUCAUAGGAGCUGCAAGAAGAAAAAACAACCCCCGCAUACACCCUGGAAAUACUUGAUGAAUUGCCCACUCGUUAGAAAAUGUUUUGGUUUACAGUUGCGGAGUAUAGAGGAGCCGCCAGGUGGCGCGGGCGGCGGCAUGCCCGCGCCAACCUGCUAUGACGCCGAAUGCGCACGCACUGAAGCCUGGCUUGAUGAGAACCAGGAGUUCGUACAUGAUUACUUUUUGAGGAAAGCGCCAAGGCAGGUGGUGGACGCUUGGCUGGUGUCACACGCGACGCCGCCCAGCGCGGAGCUGGCCUCACCCUCUCGAGCUGGCUCCGGCUCUGGGGCUACUACACCAGUCAGAAAGAUCUCAGCGCACGAGUUCGAGCGUGGCGGUCUAUUAAAGCCGCUAGUGACGACCGUGGAUGGCACGCCCACGUUUCUCGGUGACCAGCCUUACGCGACCCCCUCCCGCCCACAGCGGCGGUCACGGCACGAGCUCAAGCAGCUGGACGAGAAGGAGCUUAUAUUUGAACUAGUAAAGGAUAUUUGCAACGAAUUGGAAGUACGGGUACUCUGCCACAAGAUUCUACAGAACGUGUCUAUACUGCUGGACGCCGACCGGGGCUCGCUGUUCCUCGUGCAGGGGGAAAAGGCGGCCUCGCCGAAUCCGCAGAAUGGCAGGUGUUUGGUGUCCAAGCUGUUCGACGUGUGCUCCAAGUCGACGCCAGAACAGAUGGAGCAGCUGGAAGAGAUCCGGAUUCCCUGGGGCAGCGGCAUCGUCGGCUACGUGGCUGAGAGCGGCGAGCCAGUUAAUAUACCGGAUGCGUAUAAGGACGAAAGGUUUAACCACGACAUCGACCAGCAGACGGGCUACAAGACCCGGUCGCUGCUCUGCAUGCCAAUCAAGGAUAUCAACGGGGAGGUCAUUGGCGUGGCACAGGUGAUAAACAAACAAAAUGAUGGUCCGUUCACGUCGACCGAUGAGAAGGUGUUCGCCUCAUAUCUCCAGUUCUGCGGCAUUGGCCUAAGGAACGCGCAACUGUACGAAAGGUCCCAGCUGGAGGUGAAGAGGAACCAAGUGCUGCUGGACCUCGCGAGGAUGGUCUUCGAGGAGCAGAGCACGAUAGAGCACAUGGUGCUGCGGAUACUGACGCACACGCAGAGCUUGAUACGGUGUCAGAGGGUACAGGUGCUGUUGGUACACGAAGCGUCCAAGGGCAGUUUCUCCCGAGUGUUCGACCUGGAGGCGGGCGAUGAUGCCGAACCUGGAACGCCAAGGACGUCGCCCUAUGAGAGCAGAUUUCCUAUUAACAUUGGUAUCACGGGCUACGUCGCUACUACUGGGGAGACGGUGAACAUACCAGACGCGUAUACGGACCCACGUUUCGACCCGUCAGUGGAUGAGAGCGCAGGCUUCAAACACAACACCAUCCUUUGUAUGGCGAUCAAAAACUCGGAGGGAAGGAUCAUUGGUGUCAUACAGCUAAUAAACAAAUUUGACGACCUGUUAUUCACAAAGAACGAUGAAAACUUCGUAGAAGCGUUCGCAAUAUUCUGCGGUAUGGGCAUACACAACACGCACAUGUACGAGAAGGCGAUAACUGCCAUGGCGAAACAGAGCGUCACAUUGGAUGUUUUAAGUUACCACGCGUCGGCAUCACUGGAUGACGCGCAAAGGUUACGGAGCCUGCGGAUACCGUCGUCCGCGCACUUCAGCCUGCACGAGCUGGCGUUCGACGACAUCGACAUGUCGGACGAGGACACGCUGCGCGCGUGCCUGCGCAUGUUCCUCGACCUCGACUUCGUGGAGCGCUUCCACAUCGACUACGCGGUGCUCUGCCGGUGGCUGCUCAGCGUCAAGAAGAACUACCGCAACGUCACCUACCACAACUGGCGGCACGCGUUCAACGUCGCGCAGAUGAUGUUCGCGAUACUGACGGAAACUCAGUGGUGGAAGAUAUUCGGCGAGCUGGAGUGUUUGGCGUUAAUCAUUGGCUGCCUCUGUCACGACCUCGACCACCGGGGGACUAAUAACUCCUUCCAAAUUAAAGCGUCUUCCCCCCUCGCCCAACUGUACUCCACGUCCACGAUGGAGCACCACCACUUCGACCAGUGCCUGAUGAUCCUGAACUCGCCCGGGAACCAGAUCCUGGCGAAUCUGUCGUCGGAAGACUAUGAGAAGGUCGUGAAGGUGCUAGAGGACGCUAUCCUGUCCACCGACUUGGCUGUGUAUUUUAGCAAACGCAAGGGCUUCAUAGAGCUAGUGAGCAAGGACAGGACGGUGACGCCGAUGUGGGGCGAGUGCGAGGAGCGGCGCGGGCUGCUGCGCGCCAUGCUGAUGACGGCCUGCGACCUCGCCGCCAUCACCAAGCCGUGGCCCGUGGAGCGGCGCGUGGCGGCGCUGGUGGCGGGCGAGUUCUUCCGCCAGGGCGACCUGGAGAGGCAGAACUUGAAUUUGACACCUAUUGACAUAAUGAAUAGAGAUAAAGAAGAUCAACUCCCUGCUAUGCAAGUCAAAUUCAUCGAUACCAUUUGUCUUCCGAUAUACGAGGCUUUCGCGGUACUAUCAUCCGCUCUGCAACCAAUGUUAGAUCGAGUGAAAAGCAAUCGAGCGCACUGGAUCGAGUUGGCGAACAGUGACAAGCCCAACGGUGAGAAAUUUGAUUACGGCCUCGAUAAGGAAAACGAGAAGAACGAUAAAUCGAGUACCAGCUCACACGUCGACGAUACGGAGAAUACUUACGAAGGCGACAGCAGCGGGGCAGUUAGUCUCUCCUCCGAAACUAACUCGAAGUAUGAUAACCUAGAAAAUCCCGUGGUAGGGCUCGUGUGUAACAACGCCCUCUCUAUGCCGCGCGAUCCCACUAAGUUCUCACAUUUGAACGAAAUGAAUUAAACUACGUCCAAAACCUUUGCUACCAAUGUUAUGUAGUCGAACUUUUGUUAUUCGUCUCGCUCUAUUAUAGCAUUUUUGACAUGUGCGAGUGGGAUGGCAAUAUAUUUGUGGUAUAAGGAUUCGAAUAUACCAAGCAGCAUAUUGGAAUAAUGCUACUAAAUAAUGUAGGACGUGACUCGAUCCCUGUACAGAAUGACUUCGAAUAUUUUUUUUUAUUAUAAACUCAUUGGUCAGUUGAAGGUUUUAGUUUAGUGUGUGAAGUGUCGAAUUCGCGUGAUAUGUGUAGAUGAUAGUUAUAGUCGAAUUUGAAAUUCAUACGCAAGGCGUGUUUCAUUACCAUCACUCUUUGUACUACAUUAUGUAGUUUAUGAGAUCAUAAGCGGUUAUAUGUUCUAGUAACAUCGAAGGCUAGAUGACUAAAACCUCAGUACUUUUUAUUUAGUGUCACAGCAUUCCAGACUUGAAAGAUUUGUGUAGCUACGUUUGUAUAGUUUCCACUAUCAUGGAUUUAGUUUUUAAGGUAAAAGCAGUCAAGAUCUAAGAAAUCGUCUCCAAAAUGUUAUUUAUAAAAAGUACUGUGGUUUCAGUUGUCCACUUUAGCUCGAAGGACAUGUAAAUCCGUUCUGAUUCACUUACCUCAUUCAUUCUAUUCCUACUACGUGUAUAAUAACAUGAAUUAUUUUCGUGUGUGUCGCUAGUUUUGGUAUCAUUUAAGAUACUUUUAUUUACUUUAGAAUUAGUUUUAUGUUUCAACAUGUUUGGGAAAUCGCAUAUUGAAUUCACCAGGGCCUAACUGUCGUGACUUAGCAAAUAUAUGACCAAGAUACCAAAAAUUUUAUAGUUAGGUAUUUCAAAGUAUUCAUAACAUUUUAUAUUUUUGUGAUUAUGCUACGCCUUUUUGAUGAAUACUGGGCUUACCACGAUAGUAACGUUUAGCAGAUACCUACACUUACGAGUCAUGUUAUGAGUGGGAGGAAUAUGAUUUAAAGAGAAAUGGGUAUUUGUUACUUACUAUAGUAGUGGCAUUGAUGUUCAAUAAACAACAAGACACGCAAUUACUCUACCACGCAAAACUCUGCCCGCCCGAAUUGGGCAGCGUUUUCUAAUAAGCAAUACAAUUGAUUUUGAACACUACUGCAAUGAGAUAAAGUGUUGAUUUCAAUUAAUGUUUAAUACAACACCGCUCAAACGUUUUUGGACGACGAUCUAGUUGUUUAAAGCACGUCAAUGCUUAGUAGUCAGUAUAUCAUUUGUUUUUUUUUUAUUCUCUUCCGAAAAAUACAAUGUUGAGUAUUGUGAUGAUAGUUUCGUUUUAAAUAGUCUAGUUUUAGUUAAGAUUGACUGUAACUGUCCAUGGCUAGAGCGAAUGUUAUGUUCAGUCGUUUGUAUUAUUGCAUGUGGACAAUAAAGUAAUGAUUUUAGCGCAUCGUUUUGUAAAUACCGAUAUUUAAGCGAUUUAUAAUUAACGUAUUGAGUACUUAUUUGAGAAAUUUCAUAUGUUACAUAUGCAUCGCGUCUCCGCUUUUAUGUACUGCCUCGCUUUUUAUUUUUACAAGACAGUUAUGGCACCCGAAUAUCCAUUCCAAUAUAUUUUCAUGCCAAAUUAUGUAUUUUGUGUCGUCUCCUAACCAAAAAGUCAAUUAUGUAUAAAGCUGACGAUGAUUUUCUUUGACUACGUACAAUUGCGCUUGUGUGUAAACGAUAAUAUAAAAUAGUUUUAGUGAAGGAGUAACAUUCUUAUCAUUAAGGGAAUAACCUCAAAUUAAUUGAAAUACCACCGUUUUGUCUUACAAUACAUAUGGAUAAAUGAACGUAUUUCUUACAUCGUUUUUGUAAUCUCGAUAACAUAGAUGACAAUAAUUUGGGUGCCUCAUUUCUAGAAGUUUCUUGUUAUAAAUAAUUUUAUUUCAUUAUUUCUAUAUAAUUAAUUGGUUCGCGAUGUUUAUUGUAUCAGUAUUAUUUCCUGAUACAUUUCAGUGGAAAUGAAAUGAUUAACUAUAUACGUUAUGGAGAGAUUUGAUAGUGAGGCACCUAAACUUUUGUACCUUAAUACGACCAAAAGAAAUUUAUUCUAGUACUUAUAAAAUUAUUAUCGAUACUCGCAGAACAUAUAUAUUUCUAGUGCUUAAAAUUUCGAUUAAUACAAUUUGACAUUUCGACAUAGUCCGUCGUUAAAUAUUAUGACCAAUUUUCAUCGCAAAGAUUAUUUAUAAAAAAACAUAUUUUUUAAUUGGAUUAACUCUCUCUAUAAUCGUUAGAUAUUUACAUUUAAAAAAUCUCAAAUUAUUGUGGUAAUUAAAUAUGUACAACGUUAUAAUAAGAUUGCUGUAAGUAUUAUUAGCCAGUAAUUAGAGAAAUAAUAAUUCAUAUGACGAGUUGUAUGGUGUGUGAUUAAUUAUGGAGGUUGUUUUGUUCCAAACAAAAUGUUAUUUAUUUAUGAAUAAACAAAUUUUG